GGCAGCCACAACUUCUCUGGGCAACCUGUGCCAGGGCCAAACCACCCUCUUCCUAUUCCUUCUAAUGUAAUCUAGAUCUAAAUAGAUAUUCUAAUCCUAAUGUAGAUAGACAUCCUUCCUCAACACCCUCUUCCAAUUUCUUCCUAUCUAAUCUAGAUCUACCCCUUGUCCUAUCACCCCAUGACCUUGUUAUAUAUCAUAAAAUAUAUACGUGCAGUCUGGUGGCUCUGCUGACCUGACUCCCAGGGAUGGGCUUUCCCUCUUUCUGGACAAGCCAUCCAACUGCAGGUAUCCAGGAGCAGCGUGUCACCCAGCGCAGUGCUUCUGGCUCGAUGUUGGAAAGGUUUGGAGGAAUCCUGGGAUAUGACCGGGCUUUCAGUGGUGACUUUAUAAUACAUGCUGAGCACUUUUGAGCAGGAAAAAGCAAGGAAAACUGCCAGUGAGCCAUUUCUGCCUCCAAGGCAAGAACAGCUCUCGGGAUGGCUCUUUGAUUAGAGGAGGAAGGUAUCGCUGCCGUGCGCCGGGGCAGAGCUCAUAUCCUGCCCGGGGAGGGCAUGUUAGCAGGGCUGCAGCCCCCCUGCCCCGAGCCAUGCUGUGAGGAGGGGACAGCCCGGCCAUCCAGCAGCAGGAAUGAUGGCCCAGUCCCGGGCCAACGGCUCACACUACGCCCUGACAGCCAUCGGGCUGGGGAUGCUCGUCCUCGGCAUCAUCAUGGCUGUCUGGAACCUCGUCCCGGGCUUCGGCCCCCCCGAAAAACCUGCCACCCACGCCGGGAACAGCAGCAAACCCGACCGUGGCUCCAGGGGCAUCUUGAAGAGCAAGACCUUCUCGGUGGCCUACGUGUUGGUGGGAGCAGGGCUGCUCCUGCUCCUGGUCUCCCUCUGCCUCAACGUCCGGGACAAGAAGAGGCAGAGCGAGGAAAUCGCCAUCGCCCACGUGCAGCGCCACGUGUCUGUGGAGCCCUCGCAGCAGGAGGACAGCCUUAACUCUCUCCCCUCCAGUCAAGAAGAGGAUGAAGACGUGUCUUCCCAGUACUACGUCCCCAGCUACGAGGAGGUGAUGAACACGGGCUACUCGGAGCCCAGAGACUCGGACAGGAGCAACAGGCUGAGCGUCUCCCUGCCCUCCUACGAGUCUCUGACGGGGCUGGAUGAGAGCAGCCAGGCUCCAGGAGCUGCAGGCACGGAGCCAGGCACGGAGAGACAGCCCAGCCGGCACAGCUCCCGCCUCAGCAAGCGCCUGAAGCCGCUGAAGGUCCGGAGGAUCAAGUCAGAGAAGCUGCACCUGAAGGACAUCAGGCUAAACCUGGACCAGGGGAACAGCACCGUCCCUGUCACGAUAGAGCCCCUCACCCCUCCGCCCAAGUACGAGGAGAUCCAGGAGAAAGCGCCGGUGAGCCAGCAAAUGCCUUAAAUGAAAAAAAAAAAGGAGGGAUCUGUGAUGCUGCUGGGUUGAGGGUUUUUAUAAACCCACCGGGCCAAGAGGGGCUUGGUCUGUGGGUGCAGAAGCAGCCAGGGCUCCCUGGAAGCUGCCACGUGGAGGAUGUGAUGGGUGUGGUAGCACUGCAGCACAAGGAUGGGACACUUUUUCCCUGGGACUGGGUUUUACAAAAGACUGUGGGGAAAGAAGCCUGAAUGCCACAGGUUCUGCUGCUCUGAAGUAAAUGAAGGCUGGAUGUACCAAAAGUGUCACUUAUUGUGUUUGAUAUAAGACCACCCAAUGCAUCCUCUCACCUCCUCUGCCUCUCACCUCCAGCAAGACUUUUCCAAGCCACCAAACUGAUGCUGAAGAAGGAUUUUUCCAAGUGGAAAAGCGAAAUGUUCCUUUUUUUGGGGGUGUCUUUUCUUUCUGAGGAAGGGAAAGCGCGUUGCCAGAGCAGCACCACGGCUUUCCCCCCCUCCCAGCUGGGUUGGGCUGGUGGCCCAGGGCCAGCCCUGACUCCUGCCAAGGUCUCUGCUGGCUGGUGGGAAGCAGCUGAAAGGGGCCCCGUGCUCCUCGGGUAGAGGAUGGAUUUCCUGCCUCAGUUGCUUUCCCUGUUGUGUUUUGUGCUCCAUUCGAGGGGAGUGGGUGACUCGGGGGGGUUUGGGAGCUGCACCAGUGCCAGGGGUGCAGGGUGAAACCACUGCUGGGCAUCCUGUGCGGGCAGACUGGGGCUGAAUAAAUGUUUUGUACGUUG